GUUUUGAAAAAAAGUGAAGUAGUUUCUUAGCUCCCUAGCCAGUUAGCCUGCUAGCCAGUUUUAGCGCCUGUGUUUUUAGGUGAGUGAGGAGUUCUGGGCCUGAAGUCUGAAGUUGGCUGUGUUUUGGAGGAUAACGCUGCGUGACCAGGCGUUUUUAAACAGUUCUCAGUUGUCCCUGCCGUAGAGACAGACUCAGAAAGAGUCCUACAGAGCAUUCAGAGUGAGGGAGAGAGGCAGAACAGCGGAGGGAUGCCGCCGGUGUCGGAAGAAGAAACAGAGCUGGUGCAGGAGGGCUCUGGAAAUCUCACCCGUUCAGACUGCUUGUGUCCCAUCUGCCUGGAGAUCUUCCUGGAGCCUGUCACUCUGCCGUGUGCUCACACCUUUUGCAAGCCUUGCUUUCUGGAAACGGUGGAUAAGGCCAAUUUGUGCUGUCCUCUGUGCCGAAAGCGGGUGUCCACUUGGGCCAGGCUUAAUGGCAGGAACAAGACACUGGUCAACUUGGAGCUGUGGAAACGUAUCCAGGAUGCCUUUCCUACACAGUGUCAGCGGAGAUUAAAUGGAAUCGACGAUGAGGAGGAUAUUAACAGUCUGAUUCCAAAACCCAGGGUUAGUCAACCAGGAGAGCUCAGGCAAGAGUAUGAGGACCAGAUUAGCAAGCUUGUAGAAGAGAAACGGGCCUUGGAGGAGGCAGAGAGGAGGGCCAGUGAGGAGUACAUCCAGCGGCUCCUGGCUGAGGAAGAGGAGCGAAUUACAGAGGAGAGGAGGAGGCAAGAAAAGAGGCAGCUGGAGGAGGACGAGAAAUUGGCCAGAAUGCUUAGCCAAGAGCUGAACUCAACUUCUGUUUUGGAAUCUCAUGUAAAUGUCAAAGUUAAUGAUGCUGCUUCAGCCAAGAAAAAGAAGCCUAGUGUUGGACACAUUGAGAAGUUUCUAUGCCCAGUGCCUUGGAGAAACGCAAAUGCUGAAACCAGCCCAACCGCCAAGCUUUUGGCCAAUAAGGAAAACAUUUUGAACACCCCACUACCAUGCUGGCCUGACACGGUGGAGCCUACCAGCCUUGAAAUGCCUAUUUUGGACUACUGUGGCAAACCCUCUACCUCAAACUCAGAUCCAGACGCUUCUGAACAGCUCUCUGGCAUUGCUAGCAGAACAGACUUGUCCUCCAAGAGGAAGAUGUCAGACACUGAGCUGGCUGAUGAAACUGACUUCUGCAAGAGGCCAUGUGGCUCGAUACUUCCUGAAUCGCCUCCACGAGAAGAUAUUCUGCAGGAAAUGGCCCUUGAAGAGGAAGCUUUGCGAAUCCGUUGGCAACAGGAAGAGGAGGACAGACGGCUGGCUCAGAGGCUUCAGAGGGAGCUGGACCGGGAAAGCGCUGUGAACCGCAGGAAGGGUUCUGCUGACUGUUAUCUACUGAGGCAGAAAAGCAGUCCUUCCACCAGCACAAGCCCAGGCGAGGAGAACAAGAGAGGCAAUGACAGUGAUUCCUUAAGGACUAAGGCAGAUAAAGUUGGGAAGAGAGUGUCCAGAGUCAGUACCCAGCAUGAAGGGAAAACCCCUCUGAAAAGUGCCAUCUCCACACAGGGGUCACCUUCCACAGUCUCCCCAGUGCAGAGGAGCACUAAGCAGACCACCCUCACUGAAAUGUUUCCUAACAUGAGUAGCUGAUUGUUAACGGUCAUUCAGCUUGACAUGACUCUUUAAACACCCAGUAAGGUUUCAAACUUUCAGGGUUUUCACUUUUAACUAAAAGACUGUACUUAAAUACGCAUCUAGCUUUCAGUACUAAUCUUCAGACUGUUGUCUUUAGAUUUUGCAUAUUUCAUUCACUGACUUACAAGUGGUAGUUUUGGGAGAGAUUUUGGAAAAGGGCUGUGUAGAGUAACAUGGAAACAGCCCUCAGUUUCACUAGUGCAUUUCAAAGUCAUGUACGGUUUAGAGGUUGAGGGGUUGAUUUGUGUUAAUUGCUGGAAAAAAAAAAAGUUAUUUUUACACAUGUUCCUAAUUUCCGGAAAGCAUCUACAGUUACUUCAUUUUCUUAAUGAAUAAAUACAGUAAUGGAAA